CGGCGCCAAAACCAAAACCCAGAAACGACUUCGCGCCUGCGGGUCAUCAUCUCAGGCAGUUGUUAUUCGCGCUCGUCCAUCGCCCCCGUCAUCUCGAUGCGUGCAGCGAGUUUUGCUUGUCGCUUUUGAAUGAGCUAUGCCCUUUCGCUAGCGGUUACUCCUCUCGCUCCCACUCCUGCGCCAACCUCCAGGACGAGCGACACCGCGGUCGGCAGCCUUGGGGACCAGAAUAAGGACCAGCCAGAGCCGUUAGCACGAAACAGCAUCUGAUGUCUUACAUCAAGGCGAUCGCCGCACUCCCGUGGAGCUUUGCAAUGCCAGAUCAUCAACUGCAGGCCGGCGACACCAGUAUUGCGCCAAGACCAGCAUCAUGGUGGGCAACUCCGCAGCAAGCCGUUCCGGAUCCACAGGCGUUAUACGGCCUUCCUUCUUGCUUCUUGUUGAGCUUCGCUCACAGUAGGCUUUAUUCACAGAACGCAUCUACCCGCUCUACUCGAAACGCACAUGCUAUGGUGAGGACCGGCAAAUCGCAGAUCUGAUGGGUGUGAGUAGCUCGCCGAAUGAAAACAUCGCCUGUUGAGCACACUCGCCACGUUGCCCCAACGCAAGAUUUACCUUGCUGACUAGAAUAUUGCGCCCAGAAAAAGAGCCAGCAGGUAGACUUUGCACAUUUGGUUGUCACCGACUCACCGCAUUCCGCGCAGAUAAACAGUCAACAAGUCAAACAUCAAGAGAUUUUCCCAACUGCAAGGCACUACGCUUGCUUUCAAACUCUGUCAGAGAUACAAAUUCUUAGAGUCGUCAUUUACAUCCGCGCAAGUUGUUUCCCCAUCAGAGGGUAGUCCGACAUGGGCCCACU